AUGGAGGAAGAAGCCCCUUUGAAUGGUACGGAACGCUUGGCAGAUGCAAAUGGGGAUAUCACUUUGAUUCCUACCCCGACCAAUUCCCCCGAUGAUCCACUGAACUGGAGCACGUGGCGCCGUUAUUGGCACGCGUUCUUGAUCUUGUUCAUUGUCGCAUUCACCGCCGCAACCUCCAACGAUGCUGGCACCGCUGGAAACGGUAUGAAUGCGGAGCUGGGGAUCAGUUGGAAUGAUAUCAACAUUGCAGCCGGUGUUUUGUUUGUCGGCAUUGGGUACUGUACCUUGCUGUUGAGCCCGUCCCCCUUUCUCUACGGGCGCCGCAUCUCCUACCUUCUCUGUUUGGUGUUUUCCAUCAUUGGCUCCAUCUGGUUUGCGCGGGUGGAAACCGUGCAGGACAACAUUUGGAAUCAAUUGUUCGUUGGCGCGUCGGAGUCAUGCGCCGAAGCCAUGGCCCAGCUAUCCUUGUCGGAUAUCUUUUACCAGCACAAUCGUGGUAUGGUCCUGGGUCUCUACAUUCUUGCGACUAGUAUCGGGACGUUCAUGGGACCGUUGGUCGCCGGGUUCAUCACCGAUAGCCCGGUGAUGGGGUGGAGGUGGGCAGGAUGGCUCGCGGUUAUCAUUUCAGGAUUUCUGAUAAUCGUGUUCUACUUCGGACUGGAGGAGACGUCAUUCGAUCGCAAGAGCGUCCUCCAGGGACUGGACGUGCGUCAAGAGGGCCACAACAUAAGCCGAGCACCCUCAGAUGAAAAGGCCGACCGUCCCCCGCAGGUCGAGCCCAUUCUCGUCAACAGUGCGACUGACGAAGAAAGUGGCCAGAAGAAAGGGAAAACCUAUUGGCAACGCAUUGCCUUGAUCACUCCCGCUCCGACUCUUAUCGGUACCGGUUUCAAACAGUACUACCUCCGCAUCUGGCACACCCUGCGUAUCUUCACCUUCCCCGCGGUGAUCUACUCGGGACUACAAUGGGGUGCCCAGGAUGCGUGGCUGACCUUUUAUCUCACAGUCGAAGAAGAUAAUUGGUACGAUGCCCCCUGGUACUACACCGAUGCUGCGGUGGGUAUUAUGAACGUGCCCACUCUGAUCGGUGCCUGCAUUGGCUGUAUCUACGGUGGAUGGUUCUCUGAUUUCUUCGUCACCUGGAUGGCUCGACGAAAUGGCGGUAUCUUCGAAGCAGAGCAGCGUCUGUGGCUCCUCUUUCCCGUUGCUUUCAUCGCACCUGCAGGUCUCAUGUUGUUCGGUAUUGGCUCCGACAAAGGUUGGAGUUGGCCUUGGCCAUACGUGGGAUUGGGCUUCAUCGGAUUUGGCUGGGGCUGCGCUGGCGAUCUCAGCAUGGCCUACCUCCAAGAUGCAUAUCCGGAUAUGGUCCUCGAGGGCAUGGUGGGUGUGUCCGUCAUAAAUAAUACGAUUGGAUGCAUUUUCACCUUCGCUGCCGGAUACUGGAUCGACGCACAGUCUUUGUCUCAGGUCUUCAUUGCUAUUGGGGUUCUGAGCUGGGCGUUCCUCAUGACCACUGCACCUAUGAUCUAUUGGGGAAAGAAGUGUCGUCGGAUGACUCAGAAGCGAUACGAGAACUUCCUCCGUAUUCGCGAUGGCCACCUUUAG